AUGCAGGUGGAUCCCAACGAGGACACCGAGUGGAAUGACAUUCUGCGCGCCCAUGGCAUCAUCCCUCAGAAAGAAAAGGACCCCACGGAACAGCUCGAGGAGGCCCUGGCAGAGGCCGUGCAGAAACAGCACGAGAACAGGCUCGAGAACAAGACCCUCGACGAGCUCGACGAGCUGGAGGACGACGAGGACGAGGAGUUCCUCCAGCAGUACAAACAAAAGCGCAUCGCCGAGAUGAACAGGCUCGCGGCCCGGGCCAAGUACGGCUCGGUGUACCCGAUCACCAAGCCAGAGUACAAGCAGCAGGUGACCGACGCCUUGCGCCCCGGCUGCCCGACGUGA